AUGGCGUCAUCCGAGACUCCCAGUCUGCAAUUGACUCCGUUUGGAGCUCCCAUGCUGAAGCAUUUCCUCUUUGCGGGCGGGUACAAGAAUCUCAAUCACGGCUCCUUUGGUACAUAUCCCCGUUUCGUCCAGAAUGAGUUGCGCCGAUUCCAGGACGAAGCUGAAGCGUACCCCGACGUGUUCAUCCGUCGGGAUCGUCCCAUUCUGCUGGACAAGGCCCGCGAGGCCGUCGCCAGGCUCCUCAAGGCGUCCUCGAAAGAGUGCGUCUUUGUCCGCAACGCCACGACGGGCGUCAACACCGUCCUCCGGAACCUGGUGUUCAGCGAAGGCGACGUAAUCGUUUACUUCGCGACCAUCUAUGGUGCUAUCGAAAACGCCAUCGUCCAUCUCUGCGAGACGACCCCUGUCCGCGCCGUCAAGGUCCAGUACCAGCUCCCCGUCAGCCACGAUGAGCUCGUCAAGCGGUUCCAGGCCGUGGUGGCCCAGGCCAAGGCCGAUGGGCUGAACGUCCGCGUGGCUGUCUUUGACACUAUCGUCAGCCAGCCCGCCGUACGGUUCCCUUUUGAGCGGCUGGCCGAGGCGUGCAGGCAGGAGGGCAUCCUGAGUGUGAUCGAUGGUGCCCAUGCCAUUGGCCAAAUCCCGUUGGACUUGGGCACGUUGCAGCCGGAUUUCUUUGUCAGUAACUGUCACAAAUGGCUCUACACCCCCCGUGGCUGCGCCGUCCUCUACGUCCCUCUGCGCAACCAGCAUCUGCUGCGCACCACGCUCCCAACCUCAUGGGGAUUCAUCCCCGCCCCCAGCUCCCCAGACGCCCAUCAACCGCUGACGCCCGUGGUCGGCGACAAGAGCGCCUUCGAGCUCCUCUUCGAGCGGACUGCGACGACGGACGACGCAGCCUAUUUCACCGUUCCUGCCGCCCUCCGCUUCCGCCAGGAGGUCUGCGGCGGCGAGGACCGUAUCUACGCGUACCUGGAGUCGCUGGCGCGAGAGGCGGGCGACAUCAUCGCCGCGACGCUGGGGACGGAGGUUCUUGAGGAGCCAGACCUGAAUCUGGGGGAGGUCGGCCAACUCCGCCGCUGCGCGAUGGCGAGUAUACGAUUGCCGCUGGCGUACUAUGACGACAGCACCACCCAGACAGACAAGAACAACAACAAGAACUCCCCAUACCCACCCCUCUCCCCAACCGAAGCUUCCGCCGCAAUAGACUGGAUGCAAUCCAUCCUGAUCAACCGCCACAACACCACAGUACCGGUGAUCCAGUACGGGGGAUACCUCUGGACGCGCGUGAGCGCGCAGAUCUACCUCCAGCGGAGCGAUUUUGAGUGGCUGGCGCAGAUACUCAAGGAGUGUAUAUAUAGUAAUGAAGCUUCUUGGUGGUAUUAUGUUUGGAGAUACUGGAGAGUUGUGGACCUAGACAUUGACAGUGAUACUGACAAUAGCAAGCAAGCAAGGAAGGAAAGAAGACACAAUUGA